AUGAGAGCUACGGGACUUUACCAUCGCAGCAUUUUAUCUGAAAAGAUCGUGGACCCAGUGUCAGAGAAGUGCAAGCGGAUCGAAUGCCCGGCCUACAAGACCAUCAAGGAACAUGACGGCUUCGAAGAGAGGCGUAUCUUCCCAGGCACGUGGGUGUGUAAGAAGUCUACUGGAUGCUCCGCGACACAGACGAGUGCCGCCUUCAUGUCCCUGUUCUACUACAUUUCCGGCAGCAACAGCAAGAACGUGAAGAUUGACAUGACAGCUCCUGUAAUACGGAAAGUGCGCCCAGCCGACCUGGAUCGAGAAGGCUGUGACAAGGAGAUCAAGACUUGCUUCUGGCUGCCGGAGAAGCAUCAGGAGGACCCUCCCCAGCCUACUGAAGACGGGGUGUUUCUGUACAAGAGUCGCGGUCCUGUAGCCUAUGUUCUGACGUACAGCGGAGGAGAAAUGGGAAGAGAUGAGGAGUUUGUCCAAAGGGCGAAGGAAUUCAUGAGCAAACUGGACGGGCAAGGUCUCAAGUACAAACGGGAGUACGUGAAAUCUGUGGGGUACGACGGACCGGGCGUUCCGGACAGCGAACGCGUGAGAGAAAUCUGGCUCAUCAAACCAGAAGAAUCCCAGCAGCCCGACUGGUGUAACCUGGAGUGUCCUGGGUUUGAUACUGAGAGCACCACAGACGACUAUGAAGUCAGGAAGUACGAGAGCACCAAGUGGGUCUCCACUAAGAUCAGCAGCGCCAACUACGGCAUCGCCAGCAUGCGGGGAUUCUGGAAGCUGUUCGCCUAUAUCGGUGGAGCAAACGAAGACGGAGUUAAGAUCGAGAUGACCCAGCCCGUGCUGAUAAAGAUCCCUGAGGAGACGACCUGGUGGUUCUGGAAGGAGUACACCGUCUCCUUCAUGCUGCCCCGCGAGCACUGGGACAACCCGCCCAUGCCGACCAAUGAUGAUGUGUACAUCGACAACAUGCCAGCCAUGACAGCGUACGUGAAGGUGUAUGGCGGCUGGGCUAACGGCUGGAAUACCAACUCUCACCGCCAGGGGGUGGAGCAGAAACUGGCUGAGGAAGGCCGUAGUUUCGAGGACAGCUUCUACUUCUCUGCGGCGUAUAAUGCUCCUUUUGAGAUGACCAACCGCCGUAACGAAGUCUGGGUGCUUGAGAGCAACGGCAGGAAGUAAACUUUGGAACUUCGUCCGACCAGCAGACCUUCAAAUAGCCUAUCGUGGUCUCAAAUUCUCAAAUCUGUAGGAAUUGUUUUCGAUGUGCAUGUAUAUUUUUGAUACCACUCACUUGUCUAAUGAAACGUUGUUGUAUGUAUUGUGUGAAAAUUAUUUUCUUUCAAAAUCGUUUCAAAGAUUUUUUUCUUCUUCUUCUUUGUACGCCUUGCUCAUUCUGAAUAAAGCAACAUUCAGUCCUAUGUACAUUU